UUAGGAAAUAUCAUAUGAAUGCUCCAUGGAGUAUUAUAAUCAAACAUCAACUGAUUUCAUCUUGUUGGGGCUGUUCCCACCAUCAAGAAUUGGCCUUUUCCUCUUCAUUCUCAUAGUUCUUAUUUUUCUAAUAGCUCUAAUCGGCAACCAGUCCAUGAUCCUCCUCAUCCUCCUGGAUACCCACCUCCACACACCCAUGUAUUUCUUACUUAGUCAGCUCUACCUCAUUGACAUCAAUUACAUCUCCACCAUUGUCCCCAAGAUGGCUUCUGAUUUUCUGUUUGUAAACAAGUCCAUCUCCUUCAUCGGAUGUGGGAUUCAGAGUUUCUUCUUCCUGACAUUAGGAGGUGCAGAAGCACUGCUCCUGACAUCUAUGGCUUACAAUCGUUAUGUGGCUAUUUGUUUUCCUCUCCACUAUCCCGUCCGUAUGAGCAAAAGAGUGUGUGUGCUGAUGAUAACAGGAUCUUGGAUAAUGGGCUCAAUCAACUCCUGUGCCCACACUGCAUAUGCACUCCACAUACCUUAUUGCCGAUCAAGGGCCAUUAAUCAUUUCUUCUGUGAUGUCCCAGCCAUGUUGACUAUGGCCUGCAUGGACACCUGGGUCUAUGAGUGUACAGUGUUUGUGAGCACCACCCUCCUUCUUGUCUUUCCUUUUAUUGUUAUUGCCUGUUCCUAUGGUCGGAUUCUCCUUGCUGUCUACCGCAUGCACUCAGCAGGAUGUAGGAAGAAGGCCUAUUCAACCUGUAGCACCCACCUCAAUGUGGUGACUUUCUACUAUGCUCCCUUUGCUUACACCUACCUGCGCCCAAGAUCCCUCAGAUCUCCAACAGAGGAUAAGGCUCUGGCUGUUUUCUACACCAUCCUCACACCAGUGCUCAACACUAUCAUCUACAGGCUAAGAAACAGGGAGGUGAUGGGGGCCCUGAGAUGAGUGGUUCA